AGAGCAGGCGCCGAGUGCCCAGCGGCGGAGAUCUCCUCCUCCGCCCGCCCGCCCGCCCGCCCGCCAUGGAGACGCUGGCCAGCGCCAUGCGGCGCGAGCACCGCCGCUUCAAGGCCCCGUCCUCCUCCUCCGCCGCCUCCGCCGGCGCUGGCGUCGCCUCGGGCAGGGUCCCUCUCGUCAUGGCCUUCCUCUCCUGCCUCGCCUGGCUCUACGUCGCCGGCCGGUUGUGGCAGGACGCGCAGACCCGGGCGAUCCUGUCCGGCCUCCUCGAGAAAAACUCCGGCAACCUCCCGAAGGUGCUGUCGGUGGAGGACAAGCUGAGGAACCUCGGAUGCCAGGAGAUUGGGAGGAAGAUUGUUGAGGCGGAGAUGGACCUGACCAAGGCCAAGAGCGAGGGUUACCUGUGGGGAAACAGGACUGCUACUGUGGAUUCUGACAAGAAGAAGCAGCUCCUUGCUGUCAUCGGAGUUUACACUGGUUUUGGCUCCCGGCUCAGGAGGAACAACUUCCGUGGAUCGUGGAUGCCCAGAGGUGAUGCUCUGAAGAAGCUUGAGGAAAAGGGUGUAGUUAUUCGUUUCGUGAUUGGUCGGAGUGCAAACAGAGGAGAUAGCUUGGACCGUAACAUUGAUGAUGAAAAUAAGAGGACAAAUGACUUCUUGAUUCUUGAAAGCCAUGAAGAGGCUACAGAAGAAUUACCUAGCAAAGCAAAGUUUUUCUUCAGCACUGCAGUUGAAGCCUGGGAUGCAGAAUUCUAUGUCAAAGUUGAGGAUAAUAUUAAUCUUGACUUAGCUGGGUUAAUUGAGAUGCUUGAAGGCCGUCGAGGUAACCAAGGAUUGUACAUGGGCUGUAUGAAAUCAGGGGUUGUCGUAAGCGAAGAGGGCCAACAAUGGUAUGAACCUGAGUGGUGGAAAUUCGGAGAUUCAAAAACGUAUUUUCGCCAUGCUUCUGGUUCUUUGUUUAUUCUCUCAAAGAAUUUGGCUCGUUACAUCAACAUAAAUAGUGCGUCACUUGAGAGCUAUGCACAUGAUGAUAUAUCGGUAGGUUCAUGGAUGAUGGGAGUAAAUGCAACUUACGUUGAUGAUGACCGGUUGUGCUGCAGUAGUUCUAGACAAGAGAAAGUCUGUUCAAAUGCUUGAGUUGAGCAGAAGGCAUCGUUCUGGCUGCUUACUGAUGAAGAAGUUUUCGUACAUCUGGCAUUUUGUAUACAGUGGACUUUUGGUGAACCGGAAAAAACUAUUAUACAGAUAGAACCGUCCUGCUGUACCGAAUACCUAACCAAACUUUAGGAGAAGGUUUUCGAACCAUGAAAGUGCUCACCUGUAGAUUGACGUUACCUGUUCCUGCACCUCUUCUUUGGAGCCAGCAAAAAUCAUACAUCUGAGUUUGCAAUACAUUUAUGGAUGGAUACGUCAAUACAUUUAUGGA